AAAGCUUGGCGUAUCGACAGCCGCAGCUCUGUGGCGGAAAGGACGUCCGCGCUUGUUACAUUUCAGUUUCUUGCGUCUGUAUUAUAUCCGCGUCCAGAACCUCCCAGUACACGGAUAGGUGAGGGACAAGAUGGUCAAAGAUACCAAGUUUUACGAUGUCUUGGGGGUUUCCCCUGAUGCCACUGAAUCUCAGCUCAAGACGGCCUACAAGAAGGGAGCGUUGAAAUAUCAUCCUGAUAAGAACGGAAAUACCCCGGAGGCCGCAGAGAAGUUCAAGGACUUGUCUCAUGCAUAUGAGAUCCUGUCUGAUCCCCAGAAGCGCCAGAUCUAUGACCAAUAUGGAGAGGAGGGUCUGGAGGGCGGUGCUGGUGGCGCCGGCAUGAACGCAGAAGAUCUCUUUGCUCAGUUCUUCGGCGGCGGAGGCGCCUUCGGCGGAAUGUUUGGCGGCGGCAUGCGUGAGCAGGGUCCCAAGAAGGCUAGGACCAUCCACCACAUGCACAAGGUCAGCCUGGAAGACAUCUACCGGGGCAAGAUCUCCAAACUGGCGCUGCAGAAAUCCGUUAUUUGCCCAGGAUGUGAUGGACGUGGAGGCAAGGAGGGUGCUGUCAAGCAGUGUACUGGCUGUGGUGGUUCCGGUAUGAAGACGAUGAUGCGCCAGAUGGGACCUAUGAUCCAACGCUUCCAGACCGUCUGCCCUGACUGCAAUGGUGAGGGUGAGAUUAUCCGCGAGCGCGACCGCUGCAAGCGCUGCAAUGGCAAGAAGACGAUCGUCGAGCGAAAAGUUCUCCACGUCCACGUCGACAAGGGAGUCAAGCCCGGCCACAAGAUCGAGUUCCGAGGCGAGGGUGACCAGAUCCCCGGUGCUCUGCCCGGUGAUGUGGUGUUCGAGAUCGAGCAGAAGCCGCACCCACGGUUCCAGCGCAAGGACGACGAUCUCUUCUACCACGCAGAGAUCGACCUUCUCACCGCUUUGGCCGGUGGCACCAUCAACAUUGAGCACCUGGAUGACCGAUGGUUGUCUGUCGCUAUCGCUCCUGGUGAACCCAUCACUCCUGGCGCCAUCAAGAUGAUCAAGGGCCAGGGUAUGCCUUCUUACCGUCAUCACGACUUCGGCAAUCUUUACAUCCAGUUCGACGUGAAGUUCCCCCAGGGUGACCAGCUGCAGAAUCUGCAUCUCCUGGAGCAGGUCCUGCCGCCUCGUCUGCCCCAGCAGCAGCCACCCGCGGAUUCGAUGGUCGAAGACUUCCAGCUGGAGGACAUUGACCAGAGCGAGUAUGCUCAGGCACGGGCUCACGGCGCAGCAGGCAUGGACGAGGACGACGAGGAUGGCGUUCCGCCCGGUGCUGAACGCAUGCAGUGUGCCUCGCAGUAGAUCCGUUUUCGGGGUCUAAUCUGCGGUGCGGUGAGAUGUGAUAUGAGAUUCCUUUUCUUUGAUACCGUUCGCUGGUGGACAUCACCAAGCAAUGGCAUUUCUUUCGGCUCUUCGAAGGCGUUUGUUUGAGGAUUUAGGGACUUGUGCGAGGGGAAUCGUAUUCUCACUUCAUCCACCUGUUCCUUCCCUCUCGCCGCUCUUCUUCUCUUUUUGAUUCCCCUGAGUUCUGGCAUUUCUUUGCGUUGCAUAGGGGGAAGGGAUCUGGAGUCGCCGAUGGGACGAUAUGGAUGAGAUACGAUGUGAACUAGAUCUCAUUGUUUUUCGGGGCUUGAUGGACGAGACGGCUGUUCUCCGCGCUGGGCUAGCCCAGGAUAGCAGUCAUGGUCUCGAUGUUUGAAAGAGGAACGACUUUUGGUUUCGAGGGUUGCCUUUGCCAUCCGUGCUUGUCCUUUUCCUUUGCUACUACUG